GCCAUCGGGCCGGAAGUGGGGCUCGUGACGUCACUCCCACAAUGCCCCGCACAAUGGGGCCGCCGCGGCCUGGGCCGGAGCCGAGCCUGGCGGGACCCGGGGGAACGGGGUAGCUCUGAAACCAGCACAGAUGGCUGAGCUUGUUCAGAGGGAAAGAAGUAAAUACCUGAAGAAAAUGACCGAGGCUCUUGGAAUGUGUGUGCAGCUCUGACACAGGAGGUAGAAAGCAUUUAUCUUUUCCAGCACCCAUCCCAUAAGAGGUGAAAUAUUUGUAGUCUCAGACACCCAUGAAUCAAGACCGCCCUGAAACACAGGAUUUGUGCAGCUUGAAGGAUGAUGACAUUUUGCUGUUAAAGCAGUUUGGUCACUGAGGGUUCCAACGGAAACUGCACCCAGACAACAUCACAGGGAGACAUCUGCAGGCUCAAGUUAUGCUUGACAUGGCCACGUCGUACUAGGCCUGCCAUGACGGCAUUUUUUCCCAGUGUUCCCAACUGGAUUCAAGAUGCAAAGCAGGAGGAGGAUGAGACAGGCUGGAAAUUAGUUCCCAGGCCAAGAGGUGAAGAGACUGAAAGUCAGGGAAAAUGCCAAUGUGAAAUAUCAGAGACCUCCUUCACUAAUGUGGACAAGCUGAGAACUCACACACUUUCUCAUACUGAGCAGAAACCGUACAACUGCCCCCAGCUGCACUGUGGCAAAGCCUUUGCUUCUAAGUACAAGUUGUAUAGGCAUAUGGCCACUCACUCUGCUCAGAAGCCUCAUCAGUGUAUGUACUGUGAGAAGAUGUUCCACCGGAAAGAUCACCUUCGCAACCACCUGCAGACCCACGAUCCCAACAAGGAGGCCCUCCACUGUCCUGAGUGUGGCAAGAACUACAACACAAAGCUCGGCUUCAGGCGACAUCUGGCCAUGCACGCUGCCGCCAGCGGCGAUCUCAGCUGCAAGGUGUGCCUCCAGACGUUUGAAAGUACCCAAGUCCUGCUGGAGCACCUCAAAGCUCAUUCUAGACGAGCUUCUGGUGGAGCAAAGGAAAAGAAGCAUCCGUGUGACCACUGCGACAGACGCUUCUACACCCGGAAGGAUGUACGGAGACACUUGGUAGUGCACACAGGGCGGAAGGACUUCCUGUGCCAGUACUGUGCACAGAGAUUUGGGCGGAAGGAUCAUCUGACCAGGCACAUGAAGAAAAGCCACUCCCAGGAACUGCUGAAGAUUAAGACAGAACCAGUUGACAUGCUGGGUCUUCUAAGCUGCAGCUCAUCUGUAGCGGUAAAAGAAGAGCUGAGUCCCGUCCUGUGUAUGGCAUCCAGAGACAUGAUAGGUGGUAAAAGCUUCCCUGGCAUGUUGCCUGUGGGCAUGUACAGUACGCAUCUCCAAACCAUGCCAAGCUCAGGGAUGCCCCAUUCUUUGGUUCCCAAUUCUCUUCCAAUGGGAAUGAGUUAUCCUCUGGAAUCGUCUUCUCCUAUCUCUUCCCCACCACAACCUCCUCCAAAGUAUCAGCUUGGAUCUACCUCAUAUUUGCCUGAGAAACUACCCAAAGUAGAGGUGGACAGCUUUUUGUCAGACUUCCCUGGCAGCCUGUCUCUCUCGUCUGGUGAGCCUCAGUCCUCUUCGCCUCAGCCACCUCCUCUGGAUGAGGCUUUGCUUUCCAAGAGCCCUGCUAACCUUUCAGAGGCUCUCUGUGCUGCUAACAUGGACUUUUCUCAUCUUCUUGGCUUCCUCCCCCUAAAUCUUCCUCCUUGCAAUCCACCUGUAUCUUCAGGGGGAUUGGUCAUGGGCUACUCACAGGGGGAGACACAGCCACUGCUUUCCACUUUGCAACAUCAACCUCAAGAAUCUCCUGGAACCGGGGCCUCACUGAACUUUGGGCCCCUUCACUCGCUGCCCCCCGUCUUCACCUCAAGCUUGAGCACAACCACGCUGCCACGUUUCCACCAGGCAUUCCAAUAAGCUGAACAUAGCACUGGAGAACAGCUCUUUCAGUCACCCUUCUGUGGAGAGCCUUAAAAACGCACAACUCUUACUUCCCUUUGGGGUCUGAAAGCUUUGCAAAGCUGAUUCAGACAGGAGGUUUCUGAUCUCUGGCAGGAGCACUUGUAAGACUUAAACAGCAGAAAUUUCCAUGCCAGUCUCAGUCCUGUACAGAGAAAAGUUUUCAUCAAAUAGACUGGAUAUAUUUUAUCUAAUUUUUAAAUCUGUGAAUCAGGAGCCACACUUAGCACUGACCUUCCCUGAGAUCCUGGAUCUAUGUUCCUCUUUGGGAAGGGACUGUCCCUGAGAAGGAGUGGAGACUCUUUCAUCUCGGGCGAAACGUUUGAAGAGUCCAGCUUCCAUUUCAUGUUAUCACACUGCUCUUCUGGCAAAGCAGCUAAUACCUUCACAUGGAGAAGGAGAAGUCAGGAUACCCACUCUGUAUGAAGCCAGCGGGGAAGAAGCUGUCCUUCCCCACUACCUCUCAUCCUCUCACCCAAUGCAGCUUACUCCACCGAAUGCAGAUGACUCCACAUCAGUGUUAAACAAAAGACCGUUUACAUACAGAGUUCAGACAGGUCACCUCAUUCUUCUUGGCGGAGCCUUUAGGUUAAACUCAAUACAGUGAACAUUGUUUACACAACACAGUUCUGUUUCCACCGUUACAAAAAUAGGAGACACCAGAAUACACUGGCCUUAUAUCUGGUGUAGCUAGAACACUGUUUACAUGACGAAGUCAGGUUGCACUGAUUUCUCUUCACUUAUCACAUUUUUCCCCCAUGGGGAAAUGCAUUGCUUUUUGGACCACUUCAGCCUCUGCCACUGUAGGCAGCAGCUUCCUGCAUAUUUUCUCUGACUAUCCACGUGUCAAGGGGAUGGAGCAGCUUGCAGAACUUAGCUUAUGUUUGUGGUGUACGUAUAGAGCCCUUUUAAAUAUCUCCUACAGGCAAACAGAUUGUACAUCUAUUUUGGAAACCAAAGCAUGAGAAAAGGCUGGGCUACGAGGUAGGGGCCAGCAGCUCCAAGUCUUGUCCUACCGGGCAGGGAAGAGAACAAGCUUCAAGCCCCUAGGUUUGCUUUGUUUUUAUGAACCACAACCAUUCAGCGAGGUCAGUACCUUUUGGCUUACUCAUGAAGCAGUCUCAAGAGAUGCAUGUUCGUUAUUUUUUCAACCUGUCCUAGCGUGAAGACAUCUAGGAAUUGGGAGGAAAAUUUGGUCCCAGCUUCAUUUACACCCGUCACUGUAUUUGAAGCACUUUUCCCAACACUAAGUUCUAACAAAUGCUGAAGGCUUAGGCCUGCGGUCACUGUUUCACUUAGAAUUUGGUCCCGCUGGCCUUUAUGUUCUCUGCUUAAGCCUUGCCUCUAGAAAUCUAGUCCUGUUUCCUCCGCUCCCAGUCCUACCUCCCAAAUCCUUCGCUACCUAAUGAGCUGGAGGGCUGUGCAGCCAAGCAUCAGCAAGCUGCUGGGUGUCAUUAGCAUCUGUAUAGUCCCCUGCUCUCACUUUCAUGGGCACCGGCAUUGAAGGAUGUAACACAUGGAUGUCAUUGUCGCUGGAUGUUAGUACCUGUUUCUGGUUACAGACACAUGGAUCUUCAUACCUCAGUAUGCAGGAACCACUGUAGGCCAAUAUCAGCCAGGAAAUCUGUCAGUAUGGUUCUCUAUAAAUCUAGGAAAUGCAAAAUCUACCUCUACUCUGUUAGCUCUUUCAGUAAAGCCACAUACCGUCCUUGCUCACCUCCCCAGAGCAUCCAUUUCAGUCAGCGCACAUUACCUUUUGCUGAGCCACCGAUCCCACAGCCUGCCUGUGCUUAUGGGCUUGUCCCCUUCCAUUUUACUGAAGAAUUUUAUUUUUAUUUUUAAAUUUUAGUUUAGUAAUUCUUCCCAGAAUGACUUUGUAGUGAUCCAUUGAUUCUCCAAAACAUAGAUCAGUUGUUUUAGGUUAGCCAGCAGUGCUGCAAAUAAUACUUCUGUAUCAAAAUGUAAUAUAAGAUUUAUUUACCUCGGCAAUAUCCUGUGGCAAUGAUCCCCCUGGGUUUAAUGCAGUCCUUCCCUUUCUCCUCUGUAAAAUGUUGCCUUUCCAAGUUCAAUGAGUGCCUUCUUGUUCUCUAUCACAGAAAAGGUAAAUAGGGCAUCGCAGCAGUCUUCUGUUUACCAUCACUGAAUACCUCAGCCCCAUCUUCUAUUGCUUUUCUCCUUGCAAAUUAAAGAGUUUCACAGUGUUCCCAACGAUAUACAAGCCUUAACCCCGUCUUCAGUUUUAAGAGAAAUAAAUGGUCAGAACGCAUCACUUACAGCAAGGGCUGUCAGAUUUAUGCAAUGCCAUUGCACACCUUCUUUCCUUUCUGGCCUUCUUGCUUUCUGCCUGCAUUGUACUCCGAACAGAUGUCAUCACUGGAAUUCCUUUAGCAGCUGUAGUGGAGCUCAGAGCCAGGCAUCUUCCUCCUACCAGUAGUCUGUCAAAGAAUAAAUGGAACUCGUUUCACUAUUAGUUGCACGUGUGGUUUGCUUUGCACAGCUCCUCCAGCAAGUGGACUUGCAAUAACGUGAGUUAAAUCAAACCUGACAGCAGCAAAGGGAGCACUUUUGCAGACAGCAUGCUCAAGGCGAUAGCAAGUGUUUGCACUGGAAGCUGGAUUCAGUUUCUGUUCCACAACAGAGACUAGCACUUGUAAGGAGUUUGUCAGCCGUUCUGAAAUAACAGGCUGCUUCCAUUUGGAAUGCUAAGCACACAAACAUGAUUUCCUGAAGCAAAUCAGUGGGCAACUUAUAACUGAUCUGUAAGAAAACAACUUCAGGCUUCUAAGAUACACCACUUUGGAAUCUAAACUCACUUGGAAGUGUCCACUGAACUACCAGAAAAGUCAGCAAACAUCAGCUCAGACAAACCGGUGCUGUUUGUAGAUAGGAUGCAAUGUUGAGUGCUGCAGCACAACCUGCAAAAUCGUUCUGUGUAUGCACAGAGAUCUGUGUGUGAGGGUACAGCAUUCAUUAUGCUACUGGGGCUGGAUAUCACUGCAAGUCAGCCAGGACAGACAGAUGGAGCCAUCCUGGGAGGGACAAAAUACUUUGAUGGAAGAGUUUUUGAAGCUAAUUUCAAAGAGGCUAAAUGAAUACAGGAGACAGCAAGCUCAGCUGAGUUUUUACACUGAGGUGUGACAGCAAAGCUCUUUAUUGUAGGCACAUUUGUAUUAGAAAGGUGUCAUCAGACUGAGCCCAAGGGAAGCAACUACAGUGAAUAAUUGGGCAGAAAGGCUUAGAAACGCUUGGAAGUGUGGCUAACUUGAAGGUUCAAGACUGUGCGGAUAGCCAGUAUAUAGAGCACAAGUCCAGGAAAUGACAGGACACAACCUAAGCAACAAUUGUUGAUCAGAAUCUCCCUAAAUUAUCAAAAAGAUGAGGAUGUAACAUCCCACUAAAACAAGGAUUCCUUUUGCUCAUGCCAGGUGAGCCCCAUCCACAGCAACACUGGCACUCACCUUGCCAGUCCUUCCCAGGCUUACAUUUCUGGAGCUGUGUGAGAGUCCAAAGAGCUUUUCCCUAUGGAAUUAAAGCUUGCUCAAAACCCAUUUGUAUGAAGGAACAAACACAUUAACUUGCAGUUAUUUCCAGUGAGUUUCACUUGACAGAAUACCUACAUUUGUUGUUCUGACAGAUCCCGCUCAGCUGGCUCACAUCAGUGCCUGCUUUUGAGCCCUGCUGUUGAAAACGUCACUUGGAUGGGAAUCCCUCCUUCCCUUCUGGCAGAUGGAUGAUCUCAGCUCUUUGUUCCUUAAUUCCUUCCUUGCUGACAGGUGAACAGCAGCUGCUUGGGAGAUUUCUUGCAGUUCACUGAAAAUAAAUACAAAAAUCCCCAUUCCCUUUCUGUGACAUUGCUUCGCCUUUGCUGUCUGCAAAGAAUCAUCCCACAGAGGCAGUUUCUGCUUCUUACAGUUCAGAUUUUUAAGAAGAAAUCUUCAAAGACUCCCUCCCCAUCACCGCUACCUUCUGGCUUCUCUCUAAUCAGCUACUCAGGCUCACUCGAUUCUCCCUUGGGUGCCUAUUUCUCAGUUAAUUACUUGAGCCCAUUAAGAUGCUCUGCCACUACAAAAGGCAAAGUGCACAAACCCAGGCAGAACAGCUCAAACAGAACCACUCCAUUAAGACUUUCCAGGCUUCCAUCUUUACCCAGAAGGUGCUGCUUUCUGUCACACUCAGCUCAUCUGUACUGCUCCCUCAGCUGCCACAUGCUUGCCUCACAGAUAAGCAGGCUGCUUAGGAGCCCUUCCACGUACCUCAAGCGUUCUAGACCUGCAUGUAGGAAGUCUUCUCCCAGGGCAUUGCCCAGCAGACUGCCAUUCCCACACCGAGCGCUCACCAGAUGCUUCAGAAGCAGCUCAAACAGAAUUCUUCUUGAAUCUGGUUUUUCUCAUGUCCAUAACAGAUCAUGUUCUGCACAUCUGCACCUGAGGUUUAGCUUUGAUUUCCUAUUGGAAGCAUGAUUUGCUUCUUACGUGCACAGGUAGUUUGCAUGCUCUGCACUGUGUGCUCGUGGCUGAAGCCAGGUCUUCCCCAGUCCUUCCCACUAGUGCUCAGAGCCAGCAUUGACACUGGGGUACCUUCUGUGUACUGGGGGGUCACUGUGACAAGGCACUGCAAAAGAAAGUAAUGUGGAAUUUGGACUAUUAGAUACAUCAGUUCUUCAUUUUUAGUUAGGGAAACGAUCCUCAGUAAGAAAACAUCUUGUUAACACGCACCCCGCUUUAACUGUUACCUUCCCCUUCAUUCUCACCAUCUGCUUCACAUAUUCUGUCAUUCUUUGGAACUACUAUGCAAGUAGACAACCAGGUCUGAUGGUGAAUGUACCAAGACAACAAAGAGAAAGCUGUGCAAAAACCUAAUGGACAGGGAGAGCUCAGCACAAGCCCAGGUCAACAGGCCCACAGCCCAUCCCUGUGUGACCAGAGCUGCUGCUCCCCAGCACCCCCUGCUCCGGGCUGCUGCACAAUGCAGUACUGGUGGAAGCCAGUCCUGAGCUCACACCUCCUCCUCGCCCUACUGAGUGCCUGAGCCUUGGCUUUUUUUCGUGCUAGGGGUCCCUAAUAUCUAGCAACUAUUUUUAGAAAGUUUGUUUUGUAAUAUUUGUACUGGUGUUUUACUUGAACGAGGAUAUUCAACAACAGUGACAAGAAAAAGUAGAGAUCUCUGCCCUCAAGGUGGGCGCAGAGGAAACCUGUGGAAGCUGUGAAGAUGCCCAUUGGGAAGCAGUUGUGCUUCAAUAGUGCUGCAAAACCACAAGGAGAAUCCCAGCACCAGGGAAUAUCACCACAACUGGGAUUACCUGCAGCCCAAGUUCUGCUCAUCGGAGGCUCAGCAGAUGGAGGGCAGAGCACGAUCUGGAGCUCACCAACAUCCCACUCUGAUUGGGAUUCCCUUGGAUUCCAGCUAACGGCAGCUAAAGGCAGGGAUGCCCCAUCACUGUGCUGCAGUUCCUCUUCUCUGGUGCUGCAUCUCCCCACUGCUGCCCAAGCCAGAAGCUUCCCAUGGGUACAGCCUGAUGUUUUUCUAUAAAGAAACUUACUAGCACUUUUAUACACAGCAAAUAACCUCUUUUAAUGGAGUAUUUUGAGGGGCUAUAAACAAGGUUUUUUUAAUUGUAAAGAACUAAAUCAAAAUGAAGUGCCAUUAGGAAACGUACAGGUCAGAAUUAAAAUCAGCGCUUUCAUCGUGUUGCAAAAUGAAGUUCAAAUUGAGAGCUUUGGUUUUUUUUCUUUCAAUAAGGAAGUUGUUUAUUAAAAGCAUUUGGAUCAUGCAGCUCGGGUACUGUCAUGGAGGGGGAUGGGGAUUGGGUUGGUCUGGUGCAUUAAGGCAAGGCAGAGAUCCAGUUUCCUACACAAACACACAGGCUUUGACAUUUCUUUCAGUCACAGAAUGAGACCCAAUGAAGGACGCAGUGCUCUGCCUGGACAGCCAGUAUCAUCCUCCUGCACUAAGGACAAAGCCAUUUGUUACACAGUGCUGGUCCCUUGGCUCCACAACUACCAGCCCACACAAAAGCAUCACAAAGCACCCAGACAUGCUCAGCUCCUCGGGAUGGUGCUGAACCAGAACCAAACUUACAGCUCAAAUCAGGAGCAGCUGUUAGCAGGAGCUGGGGUGGGACUUUGCCAGUGGGGGGCAGGAUGCUGCCCUCCGGAAUUGCUUCUCGGGAUAAGGUGUAAAAGCCAACAGCUGUUUUCAAUGCCCAGACACUUUUCUGGGUCUGAUCUCGUUCUCAUCCCUAUCACAGAAGGGUGAGAUGUGCCCAUUGCCCCCCUCAGCACUCACCUCCCCUCUAACACUGAACACAAUGGAGAUAGCUAGCACCACUUCUGCAUCCUGCUCAGCAGCACAAGCAUCAGGCUCAGCACAGAUUGUCCUGGUGGUGGAGCUGCAGCCUCCCUUCACCCUUUGAGAACUGACUAUGCCAAUGACUUUUUGGGUUUUGAUUUUAUAAAUUCAAGUAUUUCCCACACUGAUCUUAGCAGCUGAUCAGCAUCAGACAUUCAGCAGCCACUGAUGCCAACAACCCCAUAACCUGCUGCUCACAUGCAUCGCUGUUGGGCAGAACAACCUACAGCGAUCUCACUACCCCCUCCUUCACUGCCACCUUUGGAGGAACCUUGCUGCUCUUUUCCCCACAGCAAAAACAGACAAGAAAAGGUAAAGACAUCGAGCUGAAAACUAACAGCAAAGCCCACCUUCCACCAGCACCCACACACCACAGCACGAGCAGAGGCGGUGGCAGCUCCCUGCCUGCUGCCAUGCAGCCCCUUUGCAGGCACAGCGCUCUCACCAUCAGCUGCACAAAUCGCACCGACACAAGCAAAUGGAGCUGCAAACCAUCUGACAACGCAGCACAUGACAGCUGUACCACAAAGAACAAGUCAGAACACCUUGGCCAGUGGCAGCUUCAGGGCAACAUGCAGGAUUUGCAGUGCUGGGAGGAAUCUCGCUGCUCCAUUAGGUUCUGGAGGAAAGAUAGGAUGGAAGAAACCAGAACCCCAAGGUCUGCUAAUGAGAAAGGCAUUCAAAGAGCACAGGGGUGUCUGGACAGGCAGAGUGCAAUGGAAAAAAAAUCAAAGAGGUGACUUAGGAGAACCCAGAACAGGACAACGGCAGAUUUAUUUACAGUAGGACACAAAGAAUACAUACAUUAAUUAAAAAUUACAAAUACAGAGAAAACGCUUUUAGGGGAAAGGACAGAAAUCAAUGCUGGCUGAGCAUCCCCACCGGAGCGGGGAUAGCAAAAUAAACCCAAAAUCUCAGAGAAAGAUCUUGAAUCAGAAGUGCUGCAGGGCUCACAGGACAGCUGGCUUGUGUCCCCUGCUCUCUUUUCCCAUCCUUGAUCCCUGGCUGGGCAGACUUUGGUGUGGUGGGGGGCUGAGGAGGAGUCAGAGAGGCUGGAAGCUCCCUGUGGGGAGCAAGGCCAUUGCUAAGAGCCACGGGUCCUUGUGUGGACCUGAUGGAAACCCUUAGGGCAGUCUAAGUUAAGGAAAGGAAACCCAAAGCCCUCAAGUGUCUGCAGUGGUGCUGGUUAACAAGGAGGGCUUGGGACAGCUCUGGAUUGGCAUAGCAUCACCUGGGGCAACUGGUCAGUUGGAGAUGUCACUUCUUGCUACACGAAGAAGCAAAAGGGAAAUUUCCAUAGCUCUCAUGGGAAAAUAAAAAAUCAAACCGAAACAAUACCA